AUGAGCGACAAAUCGUACAUGACCCAGAUGAAGGAGGGUGCCCAGAACACUGGUGAAUACAUCAAGGAAGGCGCACAAAACGCCGGUGGAGCCGUCAGAGACACCGCCAAGGGAGCCUAUGACAAGGUCGCUGGUGCAGCCCAAUCUGUGAAGGAGACGGUGGUCGGAAAGAGUCACGAUGCCAAGGAGGCGGCUGGGGACACCUAUGACAGUGCUGCCAACAAGGCCGGUGAUUGGAAGGUGAGGUUUUGAGGGUUUAUUAUUAUUGUUAAUUUUAGAUAGGUAGAUGGCGAAAAUUUAAGUUUGUAUAGAAUUUUUGGAUUGUUUUGGGGAAAAUUAUUGUUGUGAUACGUAGAAGAAACUAGGAGGGAGAUAUUUAUGCCCUUUUCUAAAUUGAUUUUGAUCGAUUUAUAAAAUUGUCGUCCAAAAUUAUUUCUGACGUCUAGCUUUGGCACCACGACAUUUCCGGAAUUUGGACACUUCCGGAAUGGCGGAAUAGUGACACUUCCGGAAUGGCGGAACAGUGACACUUCCGGAACCGGGGAAAAAUCAAAGAAGAGGCUUAGACCUGCCAUCUGAACCAUCUGACUGGAUUUAUUGUUAUUAAUCUCAAAAAUUUUGUUAUUUUUUUUUCUGAUUGUUACUUUUUUCUUAAGUAGUAGUGUUAACAAGUAAUUUUUUGGAAUUUUUCCAAAAAUACUGGAUUUAGGGGUUUUCGAGGGUGCUGAUUUCGAAAAUCAUGUUAGCUUUCCUCUUCAUAGUACUAUCUGGUACUAUACAGUACAAGGUGAAAAUAUGGCUCUUGGCGUUAAUGGUGUUGUUUUAAUGCUUAGUACUCCUCAAAAACACGUUUUAAAUAACUGGUACUGUUUAGUACUGUCUGGUACUAUGUAGUACAAGGUGAAAAUAGGAGUACUAAGGAACAGAACAACACCACUAACGCCUAAAGGCCAAAUUUUUACCUUGUACUACACAGUACCAGACAGUACUAAACAGUACCAGUUAUUUAAAACGUGUUUUUGAGGAGUACUAAGCAUUAAAACAACACCAUUAACGCCAAGAGCCAUAUUUUCACCUUGUACUGUAUAGUACCAGAUAGUACUAUGAAGAGGAAAGCUAACAUGAUUUUCGAAAUCAGCACCCUCGAAAACCCCUAAAUCCAGUAUUUUUGGAAAAAUUCCAAAAAAUUACUUGUUAACACUACUACUUAAGAAAAAAGUAACAAUCAGAAAAAAAAUAACAAAAUUUUUGAGAUUAAUAACAAUAAAUCCAGUCAGAUGGUUCAGAUGGCAGGUCUAAGCCUCUUCUUUGAUUUUUCCCCGGUUCCGGAAGUGUCACUGUUCCGCCAUUCCGGAAGUGUCACUAUUCCGCCAUUCCGGAAGUGUCCAAAUUCCGGAAAUGUCCUGAUGCGCUAGCUUUACCUAAAAUAAGAUGAAAAAGCUAGUAAUUGGACCCAAGUCAGUUUUAUCACAGUUUCAUUAUGAAGUUUGAUGUCUAAUCUCUCUAUUUUUCCAGGAUAGCGCUGGUGAGAAGGCCGGCGAGUUCUCGGACAAGGUCGGCGAUCUCCGCGACCGAGCCGCUGAUAACCUCCGUUCCCACUAA